AUGUUCGGCAAUCCUUCCGACCCCGCAACGAACAUGGCGCCUGGAGCAACAUCAUAUCGCUCGCCGAAGCGAAAACGAGAUGUCGUAGAAGAAGCCGAAGACGGUACUCCACCAGCUUCUCCUACAUCUACUCACUCGGUGGCCAGCUAUGCAGAAUUGAGACUCCUUGAAGGCGAGGAACUUGGGCGUUAUAGCCCACGUACAGCGGUUGCCGGUCGCUUCAAGGAACUAGCUAUACACGAGGGUGUACCACAUUCCUUACCCAUUGCGCAAUGGCAUGGCUCGGGCUCUGCAGCAAAGAAUAUUGAGUCGUCUGGGCAAGCUGAAAACUUACAAUUGUCACCCCAAAAGAGUCCAUUCAAGACCACUCAGUUGGAGAUUUCAAAUGGAAACGAUUCAAAUGAAGACCAUGUUACCAAAGAGCACACACAGCCCACGACGCAAUCGACAAAUGGGUCUUCUCGCAAUAAAGUGAAGGCCGUGUCACCCACAAAAUCACGAAGAAAAAAAUCACCUCCACCCGACGAGAGUGUCAUUCUAGAUUCAUUGACAUGGGAUGACUCAGAAAUAACUGGUCAUAACCCAACAGACCCCAAUGAUGACGGUUACGGGAUCAAUGGUAUUGGCUUCAAGCCCACUGCUGCCAUUGCAUGGGCUCGGUCACAGCAAAGACAGAAGCAAGUGACCGAGUGGAAGAAUCGAGAAGCCAGAGAAGCACGAGAAAAACGUAGAGAACGUCGAGAGGGGGUUUCCCGAGUCAAAUCAGAAUAUGACCCUGGUGGUGCGGUCCAGAAGAAAGUGAAAUUCGACCUGCGCUGA